GGGCCACGGCUUGUGUUGAGAAUGACAUUAGGAGCAGAAAUUACUAGCCAGCUCAAGGCUUCUUCAUACAUAGCAUCAGGCCGAAACCUUUUGAGAUGGGACCUGUCACCAGAGCAAAUUAGAACAAGAACAGAAGAACUGAUCAGGAAGACAAAGUAUGUAUAUGACAGUGUCGGGAUGCUUGAUAUUGGAGAAGUAACACAUGAAAAUACUGUACGGGCCUUGGCAGAUAUAGAAGUGGAAUAUGCAGUGGAAAGAAGCAUGUUGGAUUUUCCCCAGCAUGUCUCACCUGACAAAGAGGUACGCUUAGCAAGUACAGAAGCUGACAAAAAGCUUUCUAAUUUUGAUGUGGAGAUGAGCAUGAGAGAAGAUGUGUUUCAGAAGAUUGUUUAUUUGCAGCAAACCUGCGAUCUUGAAAAUGUAAAGCCUGAAACAAAGCGAUAUCUAGAGAAAUCAGUUCAAGUGGGAAAAAGAAACGGACUCCAUCUUCCUAAAGAAGUGCAGAAUGAAAUAAAGACGAUGAAGAAAAAAUUGAGUGAGCUGUGUAUAGACUUCAACAAAAACCUGAAUGAGGAAAACACAUUUCUUGUAUUUUCUAAGGAAGAACUUGAAGGCCUUCCUGAUGACUUUAUUAAGAAUUUAGAGAAGACUGAGGGAGACAAAUAUAAAAUUACUUUAAAGUAUCCCCACUAUUUUCCUGUCAUGAAGAAGUGCUGCAUUUCAGAAACCAGGAGAAAAAUGGAAUCUGCCUUUAACUCAAGAUGCAAAGAGGAGAACACAAAAAUUCUUCAGCAAUUGCUCCCACUAAGGGCAAAAGUGGCAGAGCUUCUCGGUUAUAAUGCACAUGCCAACUUUGUCCUGGAGGUAAACACUGCAAAGAGCACAGAUAACGUAACAGCCUUCUUAG